GGGAGUUUUCUCUCGCUGGCAGUGACAGACACAGACCCGAGUGCCGCCAGCCCUGUGGACCUGCGUCUCUGGAAGAAAGUAAACAGCUGCAGUCUUGCAGAAUAGGAUUUGAAGCCCUCAGAAAGUGUGUGAGAGAAGGAAAGGGGUUGGGUCAGCUGGACCAGAGGCAGAGAGAGGGGGCUGCACUGCGUAAAGAUGGGUGCAUCUCCAGGGAGGACAUGCGCCUGACAGCUUUUCGGACUUCCUGGGAGAACCUCUGGAUUAAAGACCGUUGCCGAGAUUGGCUGAGGUGGUGACAGAUUGAACAGAUGGCCUCCCUUCAAUCCACCCCAAUCUCAGACGCCAUGCCUAUUCGAGUACCCCCAAUGCACCAGCAUCAACUCGAAGACGAGGAAGAGGAGGAGGAGUUUGGAGAGAAAUUUGAGUUCGAUGACUCCGACGAAGACAGUGGCCAGGGCAGGACACCUGACACAGACGGAGGGUUCUACUCUGCCGCCGGCGACACUGGAGCCUCCAAGCAGGCGGUGGUCCUGACCACAUUUCAGAGCCCGGUGCUACCACCUGCCAUGGCCAAGAAUCCGCAUGUUAGUGACGGAGUGACCUCUACAGGCCAGGAGGACCAGAGAGGCAGCCCAGAUAUGGUGGCCAGAGAGUCUCCGGAUGGCAGCUCAAUAGAGCCGAGGGUAUCUGAAGACUCAGAGGCCACCUGGAAGGCAAACAGCAUCUAUGAGGCUACAGCAGAGCCCAAGGUAUAUGAUGACUCAGAAGCCACCCGGAAGACCAGCGGCAUCUACGAAGGUUCAAAGCCUGAGUGUCACUACACGCCCGUCAUAAAAAAGUCGGCCCGCACCCAAGCUCUGACAGGUCGACCUUCCGUCCCCUCUGCCUCCGAGCCGACGCAGCAGGAAGCACCUCCUACAACACCUCCUGUAGCACCUCCUACAGCACCUCCUACAGCACCUCCUGCAGCACCUCGUACAGAGGUCAUUUACGAUGAUGUACCAUGUGAGAGCACACUGCCUCUCGACGCAGCGGAUGACGAGGUCUACGAGGACGUGCAGAGGCCAGACGAGCCGCAGGGAACAGACAACGGCUGGAGCUCCAGUGAGUUUGAGAGCUACGAUGAGCAAUCAGACGAAGAGACCAAACCACCUGCUCGCAGCAAGAUCUCUCCGGAUGUGAGCCGACUGCGGGAGCGGUGUGUCAGGACCAAGCGGGACUUCGCCAUGCGCUUAGCCGGGCGGGACUUCCCCCAAAUCAAACAGUGCUAUGACAUCAAGGUCCAACAGCUCAUGAAAGCUGCCAGAGACGGGACCAAAGAUGGACUGGAGAAGACCAAAAUAGCCAUGAUGCGUAAAGUCUCCUUCCUGAACAAGAAGGAGCUCACAGGGGACACCGAGGAUGAGUCUGGCUAUCUGGACGUAUCUUUAUCUGAGGUGAAACACCCGCCCCCACAGCUGAGUCCAAUGCCAGAAGGCCUAAGCAGCCAGCAGAUUGUAAGGCGUCACAUUCUGGGCUCCAUAAUUGACAGUGAGAGAAGCUACCUCGAAUCCCUCAAGAGAAUACUACAGGAAUACCAGAAGCCCUUAAUGGACGCCGAGCCAAAGAUCCUGAACCCUAAGAAGAUCCAGCCCAUCUUCUACCGACUCAAAGAGAUAACGCAGUGCCACACCAUGUUCCAGAUCGCCCUGGCCUCUCGUGUGUCCGAGUGGGAUGCCACCGAGAUGAUAGGCGACCUGUUUGUGGCCUCGUUUUCCAAGUCCAUGGUGCUGGACGUGUACAGUGAAUAUGUCAACAACUUCACCAACGCCAUGGCUUUCAUCAAGAAGGCGUGUAUGUCCAAACCGGCUUUUCUGGAGUUCCUUAAGAGGAAGCAGGCGACCAGCGCUGACAGGAUCACUCUGUACGGUCUGAUGGUCAAGCCCAUCCAGCGCUUCCCGCAGUUCAUCCUCCUGCUGCAGGACAUGCUGAAGAAUACUCCGGUGGGACACCAGGACCGUCUGCCUCUCCAGCUGGCUCUGACGGAGCUGGAGACGCUGGCCGAGAAGCUCAACGAGCAGAAGCGUGUGGCCGAUCAGGUGGCCGAGAUCCAGCAACUCGCCCGCAGCAUCAACGACCGCAGUCUCAGCAAGCAGCUGAACGCUGACCAGCGUCACCUCAUCCUGCACGAGACGCUCAUCGAGACCGUGUAUGGCGAGAAGGGCCAAGUACUCAAAUCCAAAGAGCGCAAGGUCUUCCUCCUCAACGACUCCCUCGUGUGCGCAAACGUUAACCUCAAGGGUCCUCCAGACAUCAGCAGCCUCGUUCCUAUCGGGCCCAAGUACGCGGUGAAGUGGAGCGCCCCCUUGCUGCAAGUGCAGGCGGUGGAGGUGGGGCAGGAGGGCACGCCCAGCAAAGAGAACCUCUUCCAGCCCAGCAACAACAAACGCCUCAGCAUUAGCACUCCAGGAAAGGUGUUCCUGGGGCCUCCCCGGCUUUACCAGGAUCUGCAGGAGCUCCAGCAUGACCUGUCAGUGGUGGAGGAGGUCACUCUGCUCGUGGGCACUUUACAAGGAGAAUAUCAGAACCUGAACACCACCGUGGGGCAAGACUGGUGCCUGGCCCUGCAGCGGCUCAUCCGCAUCAAGGAGGACGAGAUCCAGUGCGCCAACAAGUGCCGUCUGCGACUGAUGGUGCCUGGCAAACCAGACAAGUCUGGACGUCCAGUGAGUUUCAUGGUGGUCUUCAACACGCCCAAUCCUCUCAGCAAAAUCUCUUGGGUCAACCGCCUGCACCUGGCCAAGAUUGCACAAAGGGAAGAAAAUAUGCCUGGAUGGGUGUUUGCAGAUGACGAUGACAAAACCAAGCCUCCGUUCUGGUGCCCGCUUCUUGCCUGUCGAAUGCCAGCCUUCACCAUCAAGUCCCAAGAAUGGAAGCUGGAGACCGCUCUACACAACCCGGUUCAGUGUGCUCUUCUCGGCUUCUCCGCCGCCAGUACGUCGCUGCCCCAAGGCUACCUGUGGGUGGGCAGCUGGGGGGAUGACUCCCACGGCCAAGUGGAGAUCUUCUCCCUGAACAGAGCGACGCCGCGCUCGGUCAAGUCCUUCCCCGUGGGGGCGCCGGCGCUGUGCCUGGAGUACGUGACCGAGCCAGAGCGCGGGGUCUUCGACGAGGACGGAGAGGCGGAGGUGGAGUGCCCGACCAAAAUAGGCAACACCAUCUGUGUGGGGCUGAAGGAUGGGAGCAUUCUAGUGUACGGUAGUGUGGACACCACCACUCAGUGCCUGCAGACCUUCCGGAACCCAGAGGCCAUUCCGGUUCUGUGCCUGAAGAAUUCGGGCAACUUCCUGUUUGCGGGGCUACUGAACGGCACCGUGCUGGUGUAUAGUCGGAAGAGUGAAGACGGCCUGUGGGAGUGGGACGCCGCCAGGCAGGUGACAGUGGGCUCGGCCGCCGUCAAGACUCUGCUGGGGGUGGAGGCCUCCGUCUGGGCCUGCUGCGCCAACCGAGUCACGGUCAUCCAGAACUCCACCCUUCACAAGCAAACGUUCGAGGCUCACCCAGAGGCGGCGGUGAGCGUGACCCACAUGGUGCGCGCCGGGGGCGGCGUGUGGAUGGCCUUCUCCCGGGGCUCGUCGCUGCGCCUGUUCCACACCGAGACGCUGGAGCACCUCCAGGAGAUCAACGUCUCCACUCGCCCUGCCUACCUGGGCCCAGCGGGUCAGAAGGCGAUCUGUGUCACCAGCUUACUCAUCUGCCAGGGGUUGCUGUGGGUCGGCACGGCCCAGGGCAUCAUCGUCACUUUCCCCGUUCCAAAAUUGGAGGGCAUUCCCAAAAUAACUGGUAAGGCCAUGACGUCACUGAACGCUCACAAUGGUCCUGUGGACUUCCUCGUGGCCACUUCGAGCAUGUUGUCCCCGGACUUGUUGAAACGGGACUCGGUUAACGACGGCGUGGACUCGAAUGGCGCGGGUGGCGUGACGUCGCCGACGGCGGCCGACGAGAAGAAGCGGAGGGCCUCGCAGGAGUCCCUCCACCCGUCCCUCGACGACAACUCCCCGCGGCCCGAGAGGAGGCCCAAGGGCGUGCUGCUGCAGUACCGGCUGCGCUCCACCGCCCAGCUGCCGGGGAAGCUCCUCUCGGCCGAGCCCGAGGGCCCCGGAGGCGACUCGCCCGUCCCCGAGUGGCCCGAGCACGGCCCGGAGGACGGCUCCAUCUACGAGCUGAGCGACGACCCGGAGAUCUGGGUGCGCGGCCGCCCCGCGCUCAAGGAAGGGCUGCGGAGGGACCGGGUCGUGUCGGCCGCCGUCGUCUCCGGGGGCAAGGGCUUCCGUCGGCUCGGCGGCUCCGGAUCGGGCUCCGGCUCGGUGGACUGCGGCUCCUCGGGGGGGUUGUCGGCAUCACACGAGAGCACGCUCAUGGUCUGGCAGCUCCCGCUCACCGUCUGAGCCGCUGACUCUACCGCUGAACAUCUGGCUGACAGGACAGCGCGCCCCCGGAGACCAGCGGAGACGUAUCCUGUCCAUGAUAUGUCACGAAGACCGGGACUGCCCUCUCAACGCUGCACUGACGGGAUCUGAGGAAUCACACUGUAUAUAAAAUAUCCUAUAUUCCACCCUCAGGUGCAGCGGGACUGUAUGUACGGUAUGUGGAGGAGGUGAUGUGUCAUAAAGACAAGGCUAAAGGGAUCAUGAGGUGCAAUUCUUAAAGUAGUUCAGUUCAUGCUCGUGUUGUUGUCUGUGUAUAGUUCUGUGUAUUUUUCACCAGCUAGAUGAGAGAGAGGGGGUCUGUCCAGAAUGUCAUGGUGAAAUCUGAGUGCUGGUGGUGCUCUGGUGUGGACAUGGGAGGUGUCAGUACUGAGUGUCAGUACUGACACUGCUCUGUAACAGGGAGGCUACAUCAAGUGCAUAACUGAAGCAUUCUGUUUGCGUUGCAUCUACUGCAACAAUUAGCUUCCACUAUAACUAGUAGCGGUGCAUACGUUUGAAAAAAAAAAAGAUCAGUCCUUUAAAAUGUUUUUAAAGCGCUUUUACACUUCAGUUACAUGCCUGGUGUAGCUUCCUUGUUAGACUGUGUGUCACACCACUUGGUCAGUUACUGUUGGCAGUAAACACAAUGAUGCUGCCCAGGCACUUGGGCAUGAUCCCCUAAGGUAAGUGGGAAGGGUUCAUCUGCAUCAAGUCAUGCGUAAAAAGAUACUCCAUAUAUGCCAUAGUCCAUCUUCAUCCCUCCAUGCAGGGAAAGCUGUUCAAAUGUUUCCUGACCUAUUUGAAUUUAAAAAGGCUUUAACACAUGUUUUACUGUACAUUCCCACCCAAGUAAGAACCUACAAACAGAGUUGAUUAUAAAUAGGUGACUUGUCUAAGCUGUUGAAUGUCUAUUGGUCUGAAUCUCUGUGAUUGCAUAUCUUGUGAAGUCCUGUCUCCGUUUUUUACUUUAACCUGUUGGACUUUGACUGUGGAUAGUUUAUUUGCCAGAUGAAUGCAACGAAAUACGCAAAGGUUUUAUUCCAAGAGUAUUUAUGCCCUAAUUUCGCUCCUAGAGUAUGUCUUAAAUAAGUAAGGCUUAUGCCCCAUUUUCCUGCUUUCGAUGUUCUUUUUUUUUACAUUUUGCUGCCGCUCACGUUGUUACAAAAGAAAAGCCUGAGUUUGUAAAGAUGUUUUGUAGCUUGACCAAUCGGUGGUGAUCUGACCUUUCCAACUAGACUGCAAUUGUCCCACAAUAAUACAUACCCUGGAGUAAGAACUAAAUCAAAUUGUCUCUGUUUCUUGCAGUAAAAGUUUGAAAGUUUGUAAAGGUUCUUGGAAUGGACCUAAUAUGUAUGCAUUAAAGGUUACCCGAUGGGGGGUUAUCUUUGCUGACUCAAGGGGGUCUUACUCCUCAAGAAGAAAUUGGCUGCUCGGAAUUGGAAGAUGAACACAGAAUGUAUUAAAAAAAAAAGGGAUGUUUCAGAAAUCUGUUAUUCCUCUUAAUGUCAGAUUGGGUAACUGAUGACUGACUGUAAUGGAGAAGGGUCUUUGUAUCUCAUAUGGUUUAGGACUGUUAUUCCCAUCCAAGCAUGACAGUGAGAGAUCAUAAGAGUCCUGUUGUGAGGGACUCAUUACCCAGUUGAUAAUGUGAAGGAGAAUGGAGUGUUUUAAGAGGGAAAUGCUUAGGUACUAGUUUGUGUUGGGUACUUAUUUUACACUUUGUCACUUUCCAUAUUAAAUAAAGCAAUUUUAUCAGAA